CCGCUCAGCCCAGGCCCCUCGCCGCCUGUCCCGCUGAGCGAGGGGAUGGUGCUGCCGAAGCCUUUAGCGCAGAGCGGGCUGCCCGGGAGAGGCGCAGAGAUCUUGAGGAGUGGGGCGCGGCGGGCCCGUCAGUGGAGUCAUUGAAAAGCCGGAAACUUCAUGACGACGUCCGCAGCCUAAAUAUGGCAGACUUCCUAGAGCCAGAAAGGAUAAUAAACUGGAAGGAAAGAUGCAUGGUUAUGGAAUCUCAACUAAUGAAGUUUCACCUUCAAGCCAGCAAAAUUAGAGAACUGCUUGCAGAGAAGAUGCAGCAACUUGAAAAACAAGUUAUUGAUGCAGAUCAUCAAGCAGAAAAGGCUUUUCAACAGGUGCAGAUUAUGGAGGAGAAACUGAAAGCUGCUAAUGUCCAAACAAGUGAGUCAGAAACACGCUUAUAUAAGAGAUGCCAAGAUCUGGAGAGUCUGGUUCAAGAGAAAGAUGAUGCUAUCCAGAAUCUGGAACAACAGCUUGUAGAGCAGAAGGAAAUCAGAAUACAAGAAGCUAAAAUUAUAGAAGAAAAAGCAGCUAAGAUUAAGGAAUGGGUGACUAUCAAGCUUCAUGAGCUAGAAACAGAGAAUCAGAACCUCCGUGCGAUCAAUCAAAACCAAACUGAAGAGAUUAAGCUGUUGCAGACUAAAUUACAAGAACUUCAGGGAAAGAAGUCUGUUUCUUCGUCACAAAAACCUGGAGAAGGCCAACGACUGAGCAGUUUGACUUUUGGAUGCUUCUUAAACAGAGCAAGAAGUCCUCAACAAGUUCCUAAACCUGAAGAUGCAAACAGUUCUGCCUCAAAACAAGUUGAUCUUAACGAAAACCAUAAAAGUCAAGAGAAUGAAAUUCAAGAAACAUCCCUUGCUGGCCAAAUACCCGGAAAUAAUAGAAAUCUAAAACCAUUGCAACAAAACGCUUGCAUUCCUGAACAAAGAAUGGCAGCAAAGUCGAAAGAUAUAGAUAACAACAUAUCAAAAAAUUCUUGCAUUACAGUAAGUGACUGGAGCUCUGAUGAAGAAGGAAGCAAAGGAAGAUCAAAAUCCAGAUGUGUAUCUACGUUUUCAAGCCACACAUCUGAAGAGGGCACAGGGUACAGCAGAAUAGGGAGUGAAAUGUAUUUGACAGCAUCAGAUGACAGUAGCUCCAUGUUGGAAGAAGAAAGUUUUCAAUCUCAGGGAAAUGUACAUAAACUGUAUUCCUGGCAACAAAAGUCUUCAUGGAAAAAUCAGAACCAUCUAAUUGGAAAGAGCAACUUGGAAUCGUUCAGUGAAAAAAAAAGUCAUGAUAGCUUUUCCGAUGAACUAAAUAAGAGAUUUCAAUCCCACAGGCUAGAUUAUUCAUCCUCUUCUAGUGAAGCAAAUACUCCAAGUCCAAUUUUGACCCCAUCUUUGGCUCCUAAGCAUCCAUCAGUGAUGCUGGCAGCCAGCUCUCAGUCUGACAAACAGCUUGAUUCUCCAUCUAAUCUGCCACCACCCAAACUGAGGACUCCUAGUGCUUUUAUUCUAAGUACAGCGUUGGCAAAAAAACAUUUUAGCCAGCCUUCCUUGUGUUCUGAUAAACUGUUUGGCAAAAACAGGAAUGCUAUAAGCAUGAUACGUCCUUUUAAGCCUCAGGAAACAGACAUUGAUCAGGUAGAUGGAGAUGACACAGAGGUUUUUGAGAAGAUGGAGAUUAGUUGUAAUGAGGAAUCAUUUACUUAUGAUUGCUGUGAAAUGAAAGAUACAGAAACUGUGGAUUUGAGCGAUUCAGGGAAGAUGAUUAACAGUAAACCUCCCACUCCUCCACUACAUCGAUUCCCUUCUUGGGAAAACAGAAUUUAUGCUGUAGCCAAAUCAGGUCUGUGCUUUUCUGAGGUCUUCAACAUGGACUCUUUCAAUAAAAGUUCCUCUUCUUCAUCUUCAUAUUCUUCAUCAGGACUCUACACAUCAUUAAUAUAUAAGAACAUGACUACACCAGUUUAUACCACUCUUAAAGGGAAGGCAACACAAAUCAGUAACAACCCGUUCUUAGAUGACUCAUCUGGAUCUGAAGAAGAUGGUUCCCAGUCCAGUUCACGGACAUCUGAAUCAGACUCUAGAAGCAGAAGUGGUCCUGGUAGCCCACGGGCUAUAAAACGAGGGGUCUCUCUGUCUUCAAUGACUUCAGAAGGUGACUAUGCUAUUCCUCCUGAUGCCUAUUCAACUGAUACAGAUUACUCAGAACCCGAACAAAAAUUACCUAAAACCUGUUCAUCAUCUAGUGAUAAUGGAAAAAAUGAACUGCUAGAGAAAUCUGGAUAUUUGUUAAAAAUGAGUGGUAAAGUAAAAACGUGGAAACGACGAUGGUUUGUACUCAAAGGGGGUGAAUUGCUUUAUUAUAAAUCUCCGAGUGAUGUAAUAAGAAAACCCCAAGGUCAAAUUGAAUUAAGUGCAUCCAGCCAUAUUGUAAGAGGUGAUGGAAAACAAACAGUUCAGCUGACUACAGAAAAACGAACUUAUUACAUGACUGCAGAUUCCCCAAAUAUCUUAGAAGAAUGGAUCAAAGUAUUACAAAAUGUCCUUAAAGUACAAGCUGCAAGCCCACUUUUUAUUCAGCCAGAUGUUAAACCAGCAGUGAAAGGCUUGCUUACUAAGGUGAAACAUGGAUAUUCUAAAACAGUGUGGUGUAUACUAGUUGGGAAAACUUUAUAUUAUUUCCGCAGUCAUGAAGACAAGUUUCCCUUGGGCCAGAUAAAGUUAUUAGAAGCUAAAGUUGAAGAAGUUGAUCGAUCCUGUGAUUCAGAUGAAGAUUAUGAAGCCAGUGGUCGCAGCUUAUUAUCAACACAUUUUACCAUUGUCAUCCAUCCUAAGGAACAAGCACCCACGUAUCUUCUAAUAGGAUCCAAGUAUGAGAAGGAUACUUGGCUUUAUUAUCUCACCAUUGCUGCUGGAAGCACAAAUAUAAAUGUUGGGACAGAAUUUGAACAGCUUGUCUGCAAACUGUUAAAUAUUGAAGGAGAACCCACUUCUCAAAUCUGGAGGCAUCCCACUCUUUGUCAUAGCAAAGAUGGAAUUACUUCUCCUCUUACAACCCUUCCAUCAGAGGCGCUGCAAACAGAAGCCAUAAAAUUAUUCAAGACAUGUCAGUUGUUUAUCAAUGCUGCUGUGGAUUCCCCUGCUAUUGACUACCAUGUGUCUUUGGCUCAAAGUGCAUUGCAAGUCUGUCUCACACAUCCAGAGCUUCAGAAUGAAAUCUGUUGUCAGUUGAUAAAGCAGACAAGAAGACGGCAGCCACCAAAUCAAAUAGGGCCAGUUCAGGCCUGGCAGCUUUUAGCACUCUGUGUUGGACUCUUCCUCCCACAACACCCAUUUCUUUGGGUCAUCAAACUUCAUUUGAAGAAGAAUGCAGAUUCCAGGACUGAAUUUGGAAAAUACGCAAUUUAUUGUCAACGAUGUGUAGAAAGAACACAACAGAAUGGUGACAGAGAAGCCAGACCAUCAAGAAUGGAAAUUCUUUCAACACUUCUAAGAAAUCCCUACCAUCACUCCUUGCCUUUUAGCAUUCCAGUACAUUUCAUGAAUGGCAUAUACCAGGUUGUCGGAUUUGAUGCUUCUACCACUGUUGAAGAAUUUUUGAGCACACUUAAUCAGGAUACAGGAAUGAGAAAACCUGCACAGUCAGGGUUUGCCCUAUUUACUGAUGACCCUUCCGGCAAAGAUAUUGAACAUUGUCUUCAAGGAAACAUCAAAAUCUGUGACAUUAUUUCUAGAUGGGAGCAAGCCUCUAAAGAGCAGCAUCCAGGAAAAUGUGACGGCACAAGAACAGUUAGGCUUACUUACAAAAAUAGGCUCUAUUUUUCAGUACAAAUCCGGGGAGAGACAGAAAGAGAAAAGCUACUCUUAAUGUAUCAGACAAAUGAUCAAAUUAUAAAUGGGUUCUUCCCUGUAAAUAAAGAUCUGGCACUAGAAUUGGCAGCACUUCUGGCCCAGGUGGAAAUAGGAGAUUUUGAAAGACCUUUCUCAACUCCAGCAGGUCAAGUAACUUCCCUGUCAAAAUCUAAUCAAACUUUAAAACAAGUUGUAGAGAAAUUUUACCCCAAAAGAUACAGAGAUAAUUGUUCAGAAGAACAGUUAAGACAGCUUUACCAGAGAUUAUCAACCAAAUGGAUGGCUCUUCGUGGGCAUACUGCUGUAGAUUGUGUGCGUAUUUACCUUGCUGUGGUACGGAAGUGGCCUCUCUUUGGUGCCAAGCUGUUUGCAGCAAAACUUUUGACAGCAUCCACACCAGAGAGUACUUUGAUAUGGCUUGCUGUUUCUGAAAAUGGUAUUAAUAUUCUUGAAUACAACUCCAUGCGGUUAAUAAUGACGUAUUUAUAUAAGAACCUAGUGACCUUUGGAGGUUAUCAAGAAGACUUUAUGCUGGUGAUAAACAACAUAAGUACAGAAGAGAAGCAUACUGAAAAACUCUUGUUUACUUUUGCCAAACCAAAGAUCCUUGAGAUUACUCUACUUAUUGCCAGCUAUAUUAACAAUUUCCAUCAACAGAAGAAGACAGUUCAUGAAUUUUCUGCUCCACAAUCAAGAAAUCCAAAAUCUAAUGAUAUAGAAUGUCAUUCAUUUUUACUGCAAAACAGACCCACCAAAGGACCUACUUUAUUAUGAAAAGUUCAAGUAUCUAUGAAUAUAUGUCGUUUAUAUUAGGUUAUUAUUUUGAAAGGACAGUCUGUUGUAAAUUAGAAAUUAACAAUAUUUCUUGCACAUUUAUUCUUCUGUUAAGCUUGGGACUCUCAGAUAUGAACUAUAAAAAUUCAGAUGUCUCCUGGAUGACAGUAAAAAUAUAGAAGAAUGAUCUUUUUUUGCCUUAGUAGCUGGAUUUUUGCACCCUAGAAGUAAUAGUCCUAUUCAAGGUGAAAGCUGCGGUACAUAAGAAAUUGCAUUUUUCUUCAUAAUUAUUAUAAUAUACAAAGUACAAAAUAAUAUAUAUAGCAUAUAUGGUAAUACAAAUAGAAUUAUUCUGAAUAAACACUGUGAAUUGGGUAACUAAAAAUAAUCAGAAGUUGGAGAAAUAAUAAUGAUCUUUAAAUACAAAGAUUCAUACAAAGCCUCUGCUUUCCUCCUUUUCUUCUAAACUCUUGAGUUUUUUCUAAAUCGCUCCUAGAUUUAAAACUUUGAAAAAUGUGACUGUAUCCACAUAUCAUGCUAAACCAUCUCUUGUAAAAUAUGACAGAAUUCUUGCAAUGAGUAUAGUAAGACCAGGUCAUAGUUUGUUUCUCCUCAUUUAACUGCACUUAUAAUAGAUCUAUGUAGAUAAGUUAAGUGCUUGGCAAGGCAAAAAACAUAUUAGGAAUAACUCAGAUUGUGGGAAGCCUUCCAUGACUCAUAGUUAUAAUGAUUAAGCCAACAGCAAAUAGUUGUUUCAAUCUGUAGUUUACUUCUCUAAAACAAGUUAAUGGUUUAUUCACUGAUCCUACUUGCAAGUAAUUACAUCUUGGAAUGAUAUGUGAAUAUAGUAUAUAUACAAUAACUCAUUUAUAGGGUGAAAGAUGUGUGCUUUCAGUCUUAAUUGAUCUAGACAUAACCUUAUAAACUACUUAUUGAGAAACCUGUUUAGAAUUUAAAUACCUGAUAAAACUUCAUAAAAAUCUUUUCAUUCUGGUACUUUCAAACAGAUCUCUAUCCACCAUUUUUUUUUCUGCUCUAUUUUAUUGGCUUGCAACUCUCAGGAUAGAAAUCUUGCUUUAGGGACAAUAUCUGUUGAUGGUAAUAUAAAAUACUAUUCAAUUGUUACACAUGCAAGUUAGCAAAAUGUUAUAUCAUUUAGUAAUGAACAUAUAUGUAUGAAGGUAUUUUAGGCUUUAAACAGUGUUGCUCAUAAAUUAAUUGAAUUUUUAAGCAAUACUGUUAAACAAAAGACAAUUCUCUCUGAGUAGUAUAAUAUUAGUUAAGAGAACAGGAAUACAUGUACAAUUAUUUACAGUUUAAAUCAGCAAUGUAAAAAAGUACACUUUGAAUUCAAGAUAUCUGAUAAAAAAAAUUUCAAUUCUUGAUUAUUACCAUUCCAUUUUUCAUUUGUGUAGUAGAUAAUCAGAUGAAGAGGUGUAGAGUACGGAAGGGAGAGAUUAUUUUGUUUUCACUAUUAGUAAAUCUUUGCCAAUCUACUUUACUCAUUCGAAAAGCUGGCUGUAGGAUCUACUAGUCAACGUACACCUCGCCAAACUGAUUUAAUUUUGACUCAUAAGGCAAUUCACAGAUCUGUUAUUUAUUUUUUACAAGUUUACAAAACCAUUUAUCACUCUUGUUUAUUAUUUAUUAAAAUAAUUUUGCCCACUUAUAUUCUCAUAUAUAU